CUCCAAUAUUAUUUACCAUUUAUCACAGCAUUUAUUUACCCAUGUCAGUGAUUGUACACAAUGUUUGUAAAUGCAAUUUUGUUUUUUUAAUAACGUUUUCAAGCACUAAAUAAUUUGUUUUGCAAUGACUACAGAACAAAAAAUCCGUCAAACAAUUUCAAACACUGCGAAAAAGGUAACUAACGAAUUCGGAAUAAAUUCUAAUAUCGAAUAUAGUGCUGAUGCAUUGAAUCUAAUAGGGGAAUUUGUAGUUAAUCAACUAGGAAUGUAUGCGAAUGAUUUGGAAACAUUUCAAAGGCACGCCAAAAGAACACAAAUUACAGUGGAUGAUGUGAAGUUGUUGGUGAGAAGAAAUGAUUCAUUGAAAGAAUUCGUAGAUGAAAAAAUCAAAGUUAUUUCGAAAAAUAAACCAGCUGAAGCUCCAACUACAAGCAAAAGAAAAAGAAAACCUACCGAUAGCACAAGCUAGACGGGUAUUUCAAUAAGUUUGUUAUAGAGAUAUGAAUCUAGUAUAAAUUGAAAAUUUUGUAUAAUACAUUUUAUAUUUUUGUAAUAAAAUAAUAAUA